CGCCAUCUUACACACAGCAAUGAGCGCCACAGCACCAUAACGAGAGUAUCAUAUGCCUGUACCAGGGUUACAGCCUAGUUAGACAAAGAACCUGAUAUUCAGCACCUUCAUUCAAGUUCCUGCCUAGCAUAAUCCAGCUUCUGUCAACAAAGAGGAGAUAAUGGAUGUGGAAGACUCACCUGAAGAAGUGCAGGAACAUAGUGACUGUCUGGAAUAUCUUAACUGCUUGUGUAUCAGCAGAAUGGAACAAUGUGGUACACAUAAACAAGAAAAAUAUAGAACAACUCGAAGUUCUGAAACUCUUCACAGACAUGCUUUCUGCAUCUUCAGUAUUUUGAUCAUGGUUAUAUAUAUAGUUAUACUUUCUGUUACUUUGACAGGAAGAAAGGAAAAAACAAUCUCAAAAGUGCAUGUGCAUUCCGCCUGCCCACCAAUGUGGAUUGGAUUUGGAAACAAGUGCUUUUAUUUUUCUGAAGAAGCAGGAAACUGGACCUUCAGCCAAACUUUCUGUGACUCAUUGGAAGCUAAUCUUGUUCAGAUUGACACCGAAGACGAACUGAAAUUUCUGAGAAGAUACAACGGCCCUGAUGACCAUUGGAUAGGCCUUAGCAGAGAAUCACCAAGUCACUCUUGGAAAUGGACAAAUUCUGCUGAAGACAACAUUGUAUUUAAUGUCAGUGGAACUGGGGAAUACGCCUUCUUGAAUGACAAAGGCCAGAGCAGUGGCAGGAUUUACUUAGAGAGAAAAUGGAUUUGCAGCAAGCCCAUUGUCUCCAUUUGUCAAAUUGCUUCAAACUCCUAAGAAGAAAAGCUGCAUUGUGCUUGUUAUCUACAGUUGCUGAAUAUUGUUCUGAAAUUGUUGACCUAAACUUGUUUGCUAAAACUAGACAAAAUAUUUUUAAUAACCCAUGAGAAAAAUCUAAGUGAUUUUGCAAUUUAAAAUAUGUUGAUAUACUGAGAGUUCUUUUGUUGUCUGAUACACGUGUAAGGAGAUACUGAAGCAGCAUUGUUGUUUUCUGCAUUUUAAAGAAUUCUCCUUGAUUACAAAAUAAUUUUUACACUUUAGCAUUUUUACUUUGAGAAUACAUACAAAGUAUCGCCAUUCUUGGGCUGAAGAGCUACUUGGAGCAGUAGAGCACAUGCCUAGAAUGCUUGAGGCCCUGAGUGUGAUGCCCUCCCCCUCCGACACCCACAGCUCAGCCCUGAUGGUCUUCAGUACAGCUGAUGAUCCCUUGGCUCAGCCCCACAUCAAGUUGUGAGACCCAAUUUCAGGGCUGAGAGUAAUUCGGAGUGUCUACCAAACUUCCCGAGAACUGUUCUGGGCAGCCCUUAUAAUAAUAUAUAACUAAAUAAUUAAAAUAUUAGAAAUAAAUCAUCUAUCAUGUUUGAUUUACAAUUCCACUUUUACAACAGAUUGAAGUGGUGAAACUCUUUUCGACAAUUGGUAUCCAAGCAGACAUGUUUGUAUGCUUCUGGGUUUAUAAACAGUAAUGCUUUGAAUUUUAGAUUGUUCAGGUACACUGUACUGAUG